AGCAUCACAUCAGAUCCCAGGUUGGAGUUGUGUUGACAGUAGUCAUGGCAGCAUCUGCGCAGGAGACGGCACCCUGGCAGGUGUACCUUGCCAGUGGUGCUAACCGGCUCUCCCAUGACCACAGAGGGGGACUCUGGAACAGCAUUUGCAGUGGUGAGGGAGGAUAUGGAACCCGCAUCUCAAUGGAAUAUGCAUCAAGUGUCCCUGUGAGCGUCACCAAUGUCUCAAACUCCCUGUGCCUCAAUGAGAGGGAGAAUAUGCAAGAUCUUAACGAUCGCUUCGCCUCCUACCUGGAAAAGGUACACCAACUAGAGGCAGCCAACGCUCAGCUUGAGCUACAGAUCAAGGAACAUCUGGAGAGAAGCUCCCUUGGUGACCGUGAAGACAUGGGUCGACACUUGGGGAUGAUCGAUAACCUUCGGAACCAGAUUUCUGAAUGGUACACAACCCAUGCCCAACUCAGGCUGCAGGUCACCAAUGCUCAACUGGAAGUCUAUGGCUAUAAAUACAAGUGUGAACAGGAGGAGAGGCGUCUCUUGGCAGCGGAGGCAGAACUGAGCCACCUGCAGAGUAUUCAGCAUGAGUUCAUCGAUAGGGAAGGAGAUCUGCACAUCCAACUGGAUGGAAACCUGGAGGAAAUUGACCUCCUCAAGAGCAACCAUGAGGAGGAAGUGCAGGGAGUGAUGGCCCAGAUGUCUGGGUUGGUUAACGUGGAGAUGGACUGUGCUCACUCAGUGGACCUGAAUGAGAGUCUCAGUCGCCUAAGGGAGCAGUGUGGGGCGAUGGUCCUGAAGAACAAAACAGAGGCUGAGAGCUGGUUUCGGAGCAAGGUGGACAGUAUGAAGACCCAGGUGACCGUCUGUUCCGAUGGGUCCGAGGUUAGGCAGACAGAGAUAGAUGACCUAAAGAGAACAGUCCAGGACCUAACUCUGGAGUUGCAGCUAUUGGAGACCCAGAAUCUGUCAAUGGAGAGGGACGAGAUGGAAGUGAACGAGCGAUACAGUAUUCACCUUAGUCGGCUUCAGAAGCACUUAGACAGCCUGGAGGUGGAGCUGCUGCAGCUAUGUACAGCCACAGAGCAGCAGGCUGUCCAGUACCUGAUGCUACUGGACAUCAAGACCAGGCUGGAGAGGGAGAUUGCUGAGUACAGGAGACUGCUGGAUGGAGGGGGAGCCAGCAGGAAAUCAAUCCCCAACGCCAUGGCUAGUGUCACGUCUCACUGUGCAAUGAGCAAUGGAACUGCCUUCCAACACGUCUCCAUGCCAAUUCAGAGUUCCUCCAUUAGUGUACCAAGAGCAAGUGUACCAAUAAUUUGUGUACCAAGAGCAAGCGUGUCAAGUAUUAGUGAGACCUCAAGAGAGACCUCAAGCAAUUUAGAAAAUGGAGGACAAGUGGUAGGUGCAGCCAUUGGGGAGCAGGUUACCCUUGUGCAGAAAGUGUUUCUGUAUAAUGCCUCCGAUAAAACAGUGCAGAGUGUACAAACUUCCAAUCAGGUUAGCACUGUAAAAGAAGUCCAAAGCAAGUGUUUAGAAAGUGGGCAUCGGGUUGGAUAUUCAGAGAGCAGCGCUAACACCAGCUUUGCACAACAUGGAUCUAGCACUAACACCAGCCCUGCACAACAUGGAGCUAGCGCUAACACCAGCUUUGCACAACAUGGAGCUAGCGCUAACACCAGCUCUGCACAACAUGGAGCUAGCGCUAACACCAGCUCUGCACAACAUGGAGCUAGCGCUAACACCAGCUCUGCACAACAUGGAGCGAGCGCUAAAACCAGCUCUGGAGCUCAACAUGGAGCUCACGUUGUGAGUAGCGUUGAGAAUAAAACCAUCACUGUCAGUAGAGUCAAUUACAGACCACUUGAUAAUAUCAGUGUGAUUAUCUCAACAGCUCAGAUUAGCGAAGAUGCACCUCAGAUUAAAGACACAGAAGUUGUUCAGAUCACUAGUAGUGAUGUUGAUGUUACCAAUGUUAACUGUGGAGGACAGACUGCUAGCAAGGUGAAUGAAGAAGAGAUAAGCAUUGCCGAUGACUCAGUACAAGUUAGCAGUGAGGAGGCCGUAGUGGUGGUUGGUGUCAGUGAUGUAAAAAGCACAGGUCAGAUAAAAUGUAGGGAAACUGAGAUCCAGGAGAGAAGUGUGGAAAGUGAGACUAACAUAGGCAGUGAAAAUCAGAUUGUUAGUACUGUGCAUGAUGCUCGAAUGAUCUCCGCAGAGGAAGAAAACCAAUUCAGAAGUGAGGAGACUCAGAUUGACAGCAUGGAGGUUAGGAGUCAGAUGAAUAGCUGUCAAAUUGGAACUCAGAUCAGUGGAGUUCUGAGUGUUUCGGAAAGUGUUGCUCAGAUAACCCGUGUAGGAAAUGGCAGUCAGAUCAGCUGUGUUGAAACUGGAGCACAGCUCUGCUCCUUGGAGAUAAACAUCACAGAAAAUGAGGUUCAGCCAAGCAGUCAGCCAACAGAAGUAAAUAUCACCCAAUCGGAAGACAGAUUUGAGAUGAUAAAUGCUGAACAUGGAGAGCAUGUUAUUAUAGAGGAAACUAUCCUUGAGGAGACAAGCUGUAUAUCCAGAAAGAGUGACACUGUGGAGAGCAGCAGGGUUGAAAGCAUAGGACCGGUUGAUGAGCUGGAAGUCACAGCUGUAGUUGGUGAUGCAGACGACGAAGGUCAAACAAACUGUGAGGAGAGUAGAGGUCAGAUAAACAUUGCUCAGGGUGGUGACCUAACGAGCACAAUCAUAACAACAAGUGUGGUUGAAAUGAAGAGUGCUGAUGAGGCUGAUGACCUGACAAGAAGUGUGGUUGAGAUGGUCAGCACAGAAAUACCAAUGGCAUCCAGCCCUGUGGAAUUUGAGGUUCCAAUUGUCCACAGGGAGUACAGAGCUCAAACCCCCUUGAUGGAGAGUGAAGGUAUGAUUAGCAGAGAUGUUCAAAUGAUUGACCACGUCUCUACAGGUGACAUAAGCACUGUGGAAACUGUAGUAGUCCCGUUCCCAUCCGUGUCUCAGACAACUGACAGCGAUAAUGCUAACAGCAAGGGAUGCGAGGCAAAGGAAACUGUGAUCCAGGUGAAGAAAGUGGAAGGUCCAGUUCCAAACAGCAGUGCAGAACAUCGGGGUCUGAUCACCAAUGUUGUACAGAUUAGCAGCGCUGCAAGUGACAAUACGAUCAGCAGUGCCACAGGUGUAGCGGUAAAAGUGCCAGCUAGCACAGUGGCAAGUGCAGCGGAGAUCAUCAGUGAUAUGAGAAGUGGAAGUAUGAUAUGUACAGGAGGUAUGACUAGUGUAGGCAGUGGUGGUUUGAUCAGCAGGACAGAAAGUGGCUAUAUGAUGAAUAAUGUGGUAAGUGGACAGAUGAUAUCUAGUGCAGGAAGUGGACACAUGGUAACUAGUGCAGGAAGUGGACACAUGAUAACUAGUGCAGGAAGUGGACACAUGGUAACUAGUGCAGGAAGUGGACACAUGGUAACUAGUGCAGGAAGUGGACACAUGAUAACUAGUGCAGGAAGUGGACACAUGAUAACUAGUGCAGGAAGUGGACACAUGGUAACUAGUGCAGGAAGUGGACACAUGAUAACUAGUGCAGGAAGUGGACACAUGGUAACUAGUGCAGGAAGUGGACACGUGAUAACUAGUGCAGGAAGUGGACACAUGAUAACUAGUGCAGGAAGUGGACACAUGGUAACUAGUGCAGGAAGUGGACACGUGAUAACUAGUGCAGGUAGUGGACACAUGAUAACUAGUGCAGGAAGUGGACAGAUGAUAACUAGUGCAGGAAGUGGACACAUGUUAACUAGUGCAAGUAGUGGAGGAAGUGGAGAAUGGUUGGUUUAUGGUGGAAGUACAGGCAGACUCAGUGGUCCGGGUAGUGGAGGCAGACUCAGUGGUCCAGGUAGUGGAGGCAGACUCAGUGGUCCAGGUAGUGGAGGCAGACUCAGUGGUCCAGGUAGUGGAGGCAGACUCAGUGGUCCAGGUAGUGGAGGCAGACUCAGUGGUCCAGGUAGUGGAGGCAGACUCAGUGGUCCAGGUAAUAGUAACGGCAGUGGAGUCUGGACCCAUGUGAAUUCCGAAAGUGUCUCUCAGUUUAACAGAAACACGAGCAAUGAAAGGACUGGUAGACUUAGCAGUACAGGAAGUGGAGAAUGGAAGGUUUAUAGUGGAAGUAAUGGACAGAUCAGUAAGGCAGGAAGUGGGGGAAGAAUCAGCAGUGCUGGAAGUGGACACAUGAUCAGCAGUGCUGGAAGUGGACACAUGAUCAGCAGUGCUGGAAGUGGACACAUGAUCAGCAGUGCUGCAAGUGGACACAUGAUCAGCAGUGCUGCAAGUGGAGGUAGACUGAGAAGCAGAAGCACAGGAAGUGGAGGUAGUGGACAUAUGAUCAGUAGUGCAGGAAGUGGAGGUAGACUGAGUAGCAGUAGCACAGGAAGUGGAGGUAGUGGACAUAUGAUCAGCAGUGCAGGUACUAGUGGACAGAGAAUUAGUAGUACAGAGGGUGGUGUCAGGGUCAGCAGUGGGGGUAGUCGAGUGAUUACCAGCAGUGGUGGUCCAGCCAGCAGCCCCAGCAGAGUGACCAUCAGGAACACAGGAAGCGGAGGCGGUGGAGGCAGAGAGCGGAUCAGCGUCUGUAAAAUGGCUGCCCUCUCCAUAUCAGCUGCCGUGAAAGAAAGAGAAAAGGCCCAGGAGGUCCGUCGGGAAUCCUACACAAAACAGGUGUCAGCCACCAGUCCUCGGGUCCAGCGGUGGAUGAGAACAUCAGUAGAAGAAACUGUGGACAACAGUAAAACUGAUGACAACAGUGUGCCAUUCUGAGUGGACAGAGGAGCAAGGCAUAAUGACAAAAUAGUCACACUACUUAUAGUUAAUACACAUCUAUUAAAUUGCAUUCCAUCAAAGGAGCGUUAAUACCUUUAAAUGACCAGUAUGACAAUGCACCUUCAUGUUAGAAAACAUGUUUUCACAGGAUCUCUGUCUGCAAUAAUUCCUGUUACUGUGCCUUUCAUCAUUGCUGUGAAUAAGUAAUGCACUGAGUUCUGUUUGAACAGUAAUCUAUAAAGUUCUGAAAUAUACUCUGACAUAGUUAUAGGGACGCAGGGGUGAUGCAAUUUGUUCUAUGCCAAACAAUUUGAUCUUAUUGGAGUCGGUUUCCUUGUAAAGCGCUUACACUUACAUUUAUCCAGAAGAUGUCAGUAUAUGCAUUUAGGUGAUCAGUUGUGGAGCGAGUCAACUAGUCAUCUCAUUUGACACAUUUACGCAAGUUAGUAUAACUUGAAGAUUUUAUUUUAGUAGUUUGAAGUCAAUGUAUCAAAGCUUAAAUAAAGCUUCUGAUGACUUAUUACUUUAUAUUGUUUUUAAUGAUGAAGAAAAUAUUUUACUGUUAUUACUUCACACUUUUGUUCUGAAAUUGUUCUGAAAUAUUAUUCUCAUCUUAUUUCGUUUUAUUGUGAUACAUUUCAAAUGUGUAUUUGAAAGUUUUCUUAUAAAGUAUAUGCAUCUGUUGGUCACAGAUACCUUUAAAAAAAAUAAGGUCGGGGCGUGGAUCAGAAAACCAGUCAGUAUGUGGUGUGACCAACAUUUCCCUCAUACAGCACGAUUACAUCUCCUUCGCAUAGAGUUGAUCAGCCUGUUGAUUGUGGACUGUGGAAUGUUGUCCCACUCCCCACUCCUCUUCAAGUUAAUGGAUAUUGGCGAGAACUGGAUCACGCUGUCAUACAUGGGUGACAUUGUCAGGAUUUGGCCAGGGUUGUUCCGGUUUUUGGUCACUAGAUGCCCCCAUUGUGCCUUUUGACCUUUUGUUUUCCCUUGAUCCCCAUUAUUAUUUGCACCUGUGCCUCGUUUCCCCUGAUUGU